UCCACCGACACAAGCUUCAUUAUUGCUCUAACCAAUGCCCAAACCCUAGCUCCCUUUUACUUUCUUCAACAUUAUGCGUGUUCCUUUUUCCUAAGAAUAUGUUUCUCUCUUCUUUCUUUAUAACCAAACAAACUUCAUCAUAAAACUUUCAUGAAAUAGAUUGCAAAUCUAAUUUUCCUUUUCCUUUUUUAAGUUUUUACAAUAUGUUGAGGAUUGCAAUGGAUGAGUUUUCUCCGAGGUUCUCUGUUGAUUCGCCGCGUAAAUCCAGUUCAUUGUCGUUUUCGUCUUUCAUGAUCGAUGGUCUUUCUCGGAAAAGUUUUUCUUACUAUAAACUUCCUGACGACCCUCUCAAGCUUUCUGUUAGCAAAUUGGACGGCUCUUGCUUUGACAUUGAAGUUAUGAAGACGGCUACAAUUGCAGAACUCAAGGAGGCGGUGGAGGCUGUAUUUAGUCACAUGCCGAAAAAGGGACCAGGCAAGAUUUCAUGGCCGCAUGUUUGGGGACAUUUCUGCCUAUGCUUUGAAAGUCAAAACUUAGUAACAGACACCGAUUAUAUAAAAAAUUACGGCAUUAAAGAUGGUGAUCAGCUUCAGUUUAUCCGCCAUCUCUCAACCAGCUGCAAUAUGGUAAAGCUACAAUCUAAGAAACAGGCAUCUACUUCAAAACAUCAAAAUAUAUCAACAUCACGAUCAAAUAGCUAUAAAGCGAAAGAGCAAGAGCAACCGAAGGACAAGGUUGACUAUGAUUGGGAUGAUAUGGAGAAUGGAAAGUACCAGCACUUUGACAACAAGGACGAGAGUUUUACUGGGCAAAAUGAAUCGAGACUGGCGAAUUUUGUGAGGGGGUGGUUCUCAUACUCCAGAUUGGUGAGCGUGGGACAGAAAGGCAAGUCUUAUCCAUCAAGAUACAUUUGUGGUGCCUUGUCGCCCUUGUGCAGUUUUAGAAAAAUUAUACAACUUUAUGAUGGUAACCAGUAUUCCCGAAUAGAUAAAAGUAGAGAGGACUAGUGAUUGGCUAAAUGCAUCGUUGCUACUCUUUGCCUGAGUUGGUUUUUUGGGUGUGAACUUUGGGAUUCCACCUGAGCGGCAUUCUUCCUCAAAGUACUUACUGCUUGCUGUACAAGAAUGUUUUCUUGUAAAAAUAUCGAUUACAGAUCAGAAUUAGCCCAUAUCAUGGGUUGUUGCAGGCUACAUGGGUGAUGAAUUAUUUAAUACUUCAUCCAUGUAACGAAUACAACAGUUAAAAUUUCAUUCUGUUCACUUAUAUCGAAUCUGAGUUUAGGAUUCAUGUUCAUUGCCUUUCAGUCUACUUCAAUCAUCUUGGGGAAAUUUUCCCUUUUUUCCCCUUAAUAAGAUGAAAAAUUAUCCCAGUCCAACUCAAUUUGUAUUAUUUACAUAUGAAUAUAUAUUUGUGCAGUCCUUCUCUCUGGUGUAUGUUGAGAUUUAUGCAUGAAUUGAUUAAAGAGAAUAUUGUGUGAGAGAUUUAAGGUUAUGCUGUUAUUCAUUCCUAUUCUUUGUUCAUUAUAGAAGGAUGCUGAACUUUUUAAUUCGUGCGGUGUUGGCGAGC